CGCCUUUUGUCACUUGUCUUCUCUUACUUAUCGAUUCUGUCCAACCAAUACUGUCAGUCGAAACUAAAUGCUCGCUCGAUCAUAUUCACUGCGGAUCGCUUUGCUCCGAAAGCGACCUUCAAGACUUCUCGCCACGAUGACGACCACCAGCAAUUCGAGCUCGCAAACGCCCAUGGAAGAUUCGAUCCGGCGCAAGAUCACCGAGGCAUUACAACCCACCGUCUUGAACAUUUACAAUGAUUCGCACCUCCAUUCGCAUCACAAGGCUAUGGCCGGCAGCACAUCUGGAGAAACGCAUUUCCGAUUAGAAAUCACAUCAGAUGCUUUCGCAUCUAAACCACAGCCUGCACGGCAUAGACUAGUGUAUGGGCUCCUCAAGGACGAAAUGGCGGCCGAAGGUGGCGUACAUGCAUUGCAGUUACGCACGAAGACGGUGGCCGAGGAAGAGAAAUCUCGAGGCCAAGCACCCUCCACUGCUGUAUCAGAGUGACGUGCUUCAAAUCAGAUGUACUGCAGGAGGAGCGCGACAGCCAGUCGCUCCAUUUACUUCUGUUCCUCCACAUUCUAGCGCUGUUAUAUAGAUUCGACGUGGACAUUGCGGCGUGAAUUGUCUGGUGAUUUGAUCUCGCUAGAAACGAAACAGAAUCUAUCCCGAAAAGCCCAUGUCACGCCGUAUGAAAAGGUAGAGAAUGGUGCCAUCCCUGACAGCAGGUGCCUCGAGAGGUACAAGUGACAUGAAGAAUCCUGCGAAGAAUCGUCAUAUUCCAGCUUUCUUCCAACCCGAUAGAGAUCCCAAAUACAUGCAAGACAUCUCUGUGCG